CCGGCCGACGGCAAUGGCGGCCUGAGGGGAAGGCGAAGAGGGAGGAGGCUGAGGAGGAGGCUGAGGAGGAGGAAGAGGAGGACGAUGAUGAUGACGACGCCCAGCGGCGGUGCCGAGGUCCCUGCGGCCGAGGAGCCUCUCUGAGAUUCGUAUGGACUGACGGUUCCGAGAGCCGCGAUGGAAAAAUCGUGGAUGUUGUGGACCUUCGUGGAGAGGUGGCUGCUGGCCUUAGCUUCCUGGUCGUGGGGCCUCUGCCGCAUCUCCCUCUUGCCUCUGAUAGUGACAUUCCAUCUGUACGGGGGCAUCACCUUACUCCUGUUGAUAUUCCUGUCCAUCGUUGGCAUCCUCUAUAAGUUCCAGGACGUGCUGCUCUAUUUCCCCGAGCAGCCCUCUUCGUCCCGCCUGUACGUCCCGAUGCCCACGGGCAUCCCGCACGAGAACAUCUUCAUCAGAACCAAAGACGGAGUGCUGCUCAACCUGAUCUUGCUCCGCUUCACCGGCGACAACGCCCCGUACUCCCCCACCGUCAUCUACUUCCACGGGAACGCGGGCAACGUCGGCCACCGGCUGCCCAACGCCCUGCUCAUGCUGGUCAACCUGAAGGCGAACCUCCUCCUCGUCGACUACCGCGGGUACGGGAAGAGCGAAGGGGAAGCCAGCGAAGAGGGCCUCUACUUGGAUUCGGAAGCCGUGCUGGACUACGCCAUGACGCGGCCCGACCUGGACAAAACCAAAAUCUUCCUCUUCGGCCGUUCCCUCGGUGGGGCGGUGGCCAUCCACUUGGCUUCCGAGAACUCCCACCGGAUUUCGGCCAUAAUGGUGGAGAACACGUUUCUCAGCAUCCCGCACAUGGCCAGUACUCUGUUUUCUUUCUUUCCCAUGCGGUACCUCCCCCUGUGGUGCUACAAAAACAAAUUCCUGUCCUACAGAAAAAUCUCCCAGUGCAGAAUGCCUUCCCUGUUCAUCUCCGGGCUCUCUGACCAGCUGAUCCCCCCGGUGAUGAUGAAGCAGCUCUAUGAACUGUCCCCGUCUCGGACUAAGAGGUUGGCCAUCUUUCCGGACGGAACUCACAAUGACACUUGGCAGUGCCAGGGUUAUUUCACUGCCCUCGAACAGUUCAUCAGAGAAGUCAUAAAGAGCCACUCCCCUGAAGAGAUGGCCAAAACGUCGUCGAAUGUAACGAUCAUAUGAACUCGGGCUCUCCGUUAUCUCGCACCCGGCUCGAGUCGUGCAGAGCGGUAAAGAAUGUUCCCUUUUUUCCCGAUGUGUAUUCUGUCUGUAUUUGCCUAAAAAGUGAAAUUAAACUCUGAAAGAUCUUUAA